AUGCCUAGCACGACGACCAAGAAGCCGAUGACGACAACAACCGGCAACAGGAUUGCCACCCCGACUCCGACGCAAGAUGGUAUGGUCUUCAACUGCGACGCCUUACGCUUUCUCAAGUUGGGCGGCACCUGCCAGUCAACCGCCAACGCGAACGGCACCACGCCAACGCAGUUCACGACCAGGAGUCUUGCCGGUAGCUCGUGUUUGGGGCUGUGGCUGGAUGCGCAUGUAUGCGAGAGCAUCAUCGGACACACGCGGUCCAAGUUAACGACGGCGACGACCCCAGAUGGCUGCGCGACGGCGCACCCGACGCCGACUCAGCCGGGAUCUAUCUGCGCCUGCAACCAGUGGUACAAGCCCGCCAAGAAGGAGUACUGCGCUGACAUUGAGAAGAAGUUUGGCAUCACGGCUAGUCAGUUCAAUAAGUGGAAUCCUGAAGUCGGGUUGGAUUGGAAGGGGUUGUGGAUGGAUCACAACGUUUGUGUCAAAGCCUAG